UGUCGUCUCUGUAAAAAACCUCUUCCAUGGCACCGUAUGCAAAAACCCCAUUUCUACUUCGAACCUUAAAACCCUUCCAAAACCCCUCCUUUUCCAUUUCCAAAUGUCUCUCUUUAAAACUUUACUACUUUCUAACCAAGCCAAAGUUGUCGUCAAAACCCAGAACCCUCUUCACAAACCCUUCCCUCAUUCACCAUCCUUCAUAAUCAGAAGAACCCUUAGUUCCUCUCCCCAGGAGCCAAUCAAGAAGCCACUUUCUCUGCUAUUUGAAGAAGCGGUUGGUUUAACUGAAAAGGCUGGCGGAAACGAAAGCGAAUACCAAGAAGAAAAGAAUGGGCUAAUGAGCGAAUUAAGGGAAUUGGAGAGAGAAGUUAGGGCGUUGAAAGAAAACCCAAAGCCAAAAGUGCAAAAGGAAGAGAAAGAGAAAAGACCCAAGAAGAAAGUUACCAACUUGGUUGAGUUGUUUGGUAGUGAAAAGAUGGUGGAAAAACGCAGGAGAGAAUCGGGGGAGGCGACAGUUCUGAAGGACCUUUCGCCGUUUGUUGAGGCUUUCGUUAGGCAUUUGUAUUCAAAAGGCUAUUUUAACAAAGCUAAUUUUUUGGUAGACAACAAGUUGGAUUUUAGUUACUUUGACAGUAAAUAUGGCAGAGAUUUUAUAAAGUCUGCUGCUUACAAGUUUGGUAAAGAUCAUCAAGAGAUUGCACAGUGGUUGUCAAGCAAAAACUUGAAAACAGUGGCGCUUUUUGGUUGCCCUUCUCUUGAUAAAAAUAAUGUCUUUGCUGCUAAGUGGUUGCGCAAAUUCUUUAAAAUUCAAGAAGACACUGUAUGCAGUCAAUGCAUGUUAAAAGAUUCAUGCCGGCAUGCUAAUAAGGAUGUGUGGGGAAUUGCUACCAGGAAUUUGCUUCUGGUGCAUGUAAUGAAGGUUAUCAUUUUGUAUAAUUUAGACCAAGUGCCUCCAAAGCUCACAGUUCCAGACGAAGUACGGGAUUCAGCCAACAAAUUGCUGGAGGAGGUUAUAAAGCUUAGUCGAACCACAUGACCAGGCUUCUAAAAUGUUCCUACAGAUGGACCCUAAAUCAAAUUUGCAUUGCUGAUAGAUACAUAUGAUUCAAUUCAAUAUAUGUUAUCUGGAAAUCAAAACAAGAAGUUCCGGAGUAGGAAAUAACAAGAGUAAAGCAACUGGGAACUUCUUUUAUCCAAGUGAGCAGUAGAAGGAUAGCUUUUCUCAUUGAGUAAACUUAUGCUUGUGGGGGUUCUCCUAUGGAUUUGGGGUGAUGAGAGUAGUGGAGUUGUUCCACUGUUUCUUCAUUAUAAUUAUUUGCAAAUCAAAACGUUGGCUUGUAUCUAUGGAAAUUUGUUAGAACUUUAAUAUCUUUGCCUGUGGUACUUGAACGCUUUAACUUUCAUAAAAUAUUUGUGUUUGUUCUAGAUUUCAAAUAUAUGAAAAAGUUUUUCGUAGAA